GGGGGUGGGUGGCAAGGCCCAUCCUCUUCCUUUGUUGUAAUUAUUUAUUAAUUCAACAAUAUUUUAUGUAUCAAUCAAUCAAAACUUACACCGUCUUUGAAGCGAUCUCGAACCUCGUUAACAUCAAGAUCAAGAUCAAGAUUAGUAUUAUCGCCCGCCAAAAUACUUGCUAAGACAAUAUUCUGGGUAUUUUUUAAGUGAUACAAGCUUCAUUCACUUAUCUCCAGCCUUAAAGAGGGUGAAAUUGAACAACGUCAGCUGGUGGUGAGGUUGAACACAACUGCCCUGAUCAAUGGAUAACACACAGCAGCUGGACUGCACACAGGCACUGCUGUGUGACCAGGAUGAGGAAGAGGAGGUAGACGAGACACACCACUUGUUAGCCUGGUUAGAAGUUAAUGGAAAUCAGCAUGAAAUCUUUAGUGGGAAGAACAUAAUUGGACGAGACCCAGAUAGAUGCAAAAUAUUAAUUCCCAGCAAGGUCCUGUCUAAGCAGCAUGCAGUAGUGGAGGUAAGGGCAGGCACUCACACCCUUGCUGACUUGGGCAGCUGCAAUAAGACAAGGUUGGGAAAGAUGGUACUGCGACCCCAUGUCCAAUAUGCACUGCAGGGUGGUGAGAAGAUCAAGUUUGGCAAUGUGAUGGCCACUUACACUAUUAUACCAGAGAAGUGUGAUGACAGUGGCUCAGAAACAGGCUCGGAGUCAAUGCUUCCCACAAUGGAAGAUGAAGAAGAAAGGUCACACUCCCCUAUCCUUUCUCCCAGGCUUCAUUAUUCAGGCUCUCAAGAUGCAGUGAAGACUGGCAGUGAUGCCAAGCCAGUGACAUCAGUGUUUUCCAAGAACAGCAAAACACCUCAGGCCAAAGAGAUACCCUCCCUCCUCCAGGACACAUCCCUCCCUCACCUUACAGAUUCUCUCUUGCAGUCAAGCAAUGUUGGGAGUAGUGUUGCUGAUGCUACUCAUUCACCUGCAAAGAAGACUCCUUCACCUUCAUGCACUCACAGAACUGAUUUGGAGGAGUACAAUAGUGAUGCAAGUACAGAUGUAGAAGACAAUGCUUCAGCUCAGUUUGAUCAGAAUUUAUCUGAAAAACCAGCACUUACCUCCCCCAUGGCUCCCAUACCAGAAACACCACCACAAUCGUCACACAAGAUAAUCAUAGGAGACACUCCAGGGUGUUUCUCUCCCAACAUAUCCAUACCAGAGACACCAGUAGUUUCCUAUCCCAGUCCAUCAAAAAUAGAUACCUCUCUGUGUUCCUUGUCCAUCACAUCUAUACCAGAAACACAGGAUUGCUUGUCUCCUAGUACAAGUUUAUAUGAUACAUCAGUACAUCCCUCCUCGAUAAUCACAGAUGCUCCAGCAGGAACACAAGAAAGCAAUCACGCUAGGCAAGGACCUGAAAUUGAGUGCUCAGUGUUCAAGAAGCCUCUUGCAAUAUCAACAAUUAAAACAUCUUGGUCUCCAAAUACACCUGUGAGAGUUGCUUCUUCACCAGAGUCUUCAGGUGUCACCAAGUCCUCUGAGUCUGUGUCAACAAGGCUAUUUUCUGGCAGCAAUUCAGAUGUGGAUCUUGAUGCUCCAACACAAGUAUUUUUGGGCAGUACGUCAAGUGACAUUGAUCUUGAUGCCCCAACUCAAGUGUUCACUGGUGACACAAGUGUUGAUCUUGAUGCCCCAACACAAGUUUUUACUGGUGACACAAAUGUUGAUCUUGAUGCCCCAACACAAGUUUUUACUGGUGACACAAGCAUUGAUCUUGAUGCCCCAACUCAAGUUUUUACUGGUGACAAAAAUGUUGAUCUUGAUGCAGCAACGCAAGUUUUUACUGCUGACAAAAAUAUUGAUCUUGAUGCACCAACUAAAGUUUUCACUGGUGACACAAAUGUUGAUCUUGAUACUCCAACACAAGUUUUUACUGGUGACACAAGCAUUAUUGACCUUGAUGCCCCAACUCAAGUUUUUACUGGUGACAAAAAUGUUGAUCUUGAUGUCCCAACUCAAGUCUUUACUGGUGACAAAAAUAUUGAUCUUGAUGCACCAACUCAAGUUUUCACUGGUGACACAAAUGUUGAUCUUGAUGUACAAACUCAGGUGUUUAAUAGUGGUACUUCUAGCAAUAUUAACCUUCAUGCCCCAACACAGGAGUUUACCAGUGAGACAUCGGGGAGUGUAGAAUGCGAUGCCUCAAAACAGGUGUUUACCAGUGAUACACCAGGGAACAUAGACCAUGAUGCCCCAACACAGGUAUUCACCAGUGAUCCACCAGAGGACAUAAACUCUGAUACCCCAACACAGGUGUUCACCAGUAAUGCAGCAGAAGGCACAGACACCAAACCCCCAACACAGGCAUUUACCAGUGAUGCACCAGAGAACAUAGACCUUGAUGCCCCAACACAGGUGUUCACCAGUGAUCCACCAGAGGACAUAAACUCUGAUACCCCAAUGCAGGUGUUCAUCAGUGAUGCAACAGAGGUCACAGACCCUGAUGCCCCAACACAGGUGUUCACUAGUGAUGCACCAGAGGUCACAGAUCCUGAUGCCCCAACACAGGUGUUCACCAGUGAUGCAACAGAGGUCACAGACCGUGAUGCCCCAAUGCAGGUGUUCUCCAUUAAUGGAACAGAGGUCACAGACCCUGAUGCCCCAACACAGGUGUUCACCAGUGAUGCACCAGAGGGCAUAGAUGAUAUGGAGGAUAAACUUGAUGCUGCAGUCCCCCUUGUGGCCUCAAGUGGCAUCCCAAGAAUUGGUAGUGAUGAGAUCUGUAAGCAAGAGUUGACAGCAAAUGACAAUGUUAAAGAUAUUAUUUCUCUGGAGUCCUCUCAAUUGCCUCAUCGACAUGAAUCUGUCAUUGAUGAUCCUCCAAGUUCACCUUCUCUUCUGUAUGAUGCACCAACUCAGCCAUUCUCAGGUACUCACACUGAUGUUAUUCAACCCAGCAGCAGCAUUAUGGAGGCUUGGGGGCACCUUGAGUCAACUGCCAGCCUGGAAACCAGCACACCCUUUAUAGGACUCACCAGCAAAGAAAAUCUCGAGAAAAGUGAUGCAGCGUCUGAUGUAUCAAAGAGUUUGUUUAAUGAGGAAAAUGAGACAGAUUCUCUCCAUGGUGAGAGAGAAAAUGGUGAGUUUGGUAGCAUGGAGAAAGGUCAUAAAGAUUCAAAGGAGAACUAUCACUCAGAUGAGAGCACAGACAUUGAGGAAUGCAUGCUCAUAGAAUCUGUACCACAAACCACCCACAAAGGUAGAAAAAAAGUACUCUCAUUAAAAAAUGCUGCAAAAAGUGAACAGAGAAAUGAAAUUAUAUCAUCAUGCAAGAAGGGACCAGAACAGUCUGAUAGGCUGAGUAAUAGUGAGUUUGAAGAGAAUGCCAAGAACCGGUCACCAAAAUUGUUUGAUCUACCAUCUGACACUGAUGAUCUUUCACAAAAAGAAGAUAAUAUCCUGUCUUUUCCCACCAACAGAAAAACUAAUGACAAUGAAGAUGAUCUUGUGCAAAAGAGAAAGAAUGUCUUUUCCUCUCCCAUUACCAGGAGAUCCACUAGACUUGUCUCCCAUGAAACCAGCACUCCACAAAAAAAUGGGGAAAGGUUCAGGAGAACUUCCAAAGCCAUUCUUGUCUCCAGUUCUUCAGUGCCUGUCUCUACAGCUCCAAAAUAUAUUCAAACCAAAAUCUCUCUUUCUUCUUCCAUAACCACAACAACAAGCUCUAAUCAUGCCUCUGCCCCUAUCCCUACUUUCCUUACUGCAGAAACUAGAAGCACAACCCAAACUUCCACCACUUCUGCCCCAGCCUCUGUCCCUUUUCCAAACCUUACCAUUUCACCCGUGACUAGAAGACAGACGAGGAGAGGCAAAACUGAGGUAGUGACUUCUUUUUCCACCACUAUUCCAGUUGAGUCUCCAAUAUGUACCAGACAACGUGAUAAGAGAAGCACACUUACAGAUAACGUUCACUCCACCAACACCAUUGUUAAUGCUAUCACCACUCCCAUUUUUACUCCACAUACAAUGUCUGAUAGCACUCUCACUCCUAUAUCUAACUCCAAUGUUAUCAUUGCUACAACACUACAAGACAAGAGAAGAACUCGAUCUCAAAGAGUUUCUGUUCAUUCUCCAAUAAAUACCAGAGGCAAGGAAACAGUGGCACUUAGUGAAAGCAGUGCAUCAUCACAACCAUCCACAUCAGCAGCCACCAAUACCAGCAACAGAUCUGCUAAUAUAAGGAGUAGGAGGAGCAAGCAGGCAACUACAUCAUCUCUGAUCAAAGUGAAACUUGAAUUGGAAGAUAAAGAUGUACAGAUGACCCCCUUGACCACAAUAAAAGAGAAAGAAGAGAUAGUGACAACAAUAGAUGAACGAGAUAUCAAAACAGAACCAAAAGAUGAUCUGCCUCAAGGCAAUCUUCAUGAGGAUAGUGAGCGAUGCAGAAGGACACGCCGAAAACCUAUGAGAUACUCCCCAGAAAGAGAUAUUAGCCUGCCUAGCACAAGUGUAAGAUCUAGAAUGUCUUUGUCUUCAUCAGAGUCUUCAGGCAGUAUACAGAAGAAGAGUACUGGAAAUAUAGCAACAAUUACCACAGAAAACAUUGAGUCAUCAAAAGCCACACUACAGCAGCAGUGUUCCCAGAGGAUUUUGACUUCUGUGCAGACCAGGAAAAUGAAGGGAGCUGUAUCUGUUUCAAAUUCUGUGCAGACCAGGAAAAGGAAGGGAGCUGUAUCUGUUUCAAACCCAGUGAUAAAGGUUAAGAAGGAACCAAAGGAUUCUAGUGAAGAAUAUUCUGAGUCUCCUGUUUCACUUAACACUGUACUGAUUGCCAAGGCACAACCACUGCCAAAGGAAAGCUGUCAAUCAAGAGCCUCCACUAGCAGAGGUGCAAGUCAAACACCACCCAGAACUACAAUGAAAAUUAAAAUGGAAGUUGUAAAACCGGAAAAAAGUGAUGAAGGCCACACUGAAGACUCCCAGAGUAAGAUAGUACAACCAGGAGCCAAACAAAUAAGAAUGUCAGAGUGUAAAAAAGGGGAGGCAACAAAGAGGUUAAGUAGAAAUUCAUUCUCACAGCAAAAGCCCAAAAGAAUCAAACCAGAAGCUUCCUAUUCUGCCUCAUCUUGCCAUAGCAGUGUCUCAUCAAGAGCAACCAGGAGUAAUAAAGAUGUGGAGCUGUGGUCUCCCUCCAGGAAGCAGCGGCAGGCCAGUACCAAACCACGGGUGCUAUUCACUGGUUAUAAUGACCCAGCUGACCUUAAGAUUGUUACAGAUUUGGGGGGCAGGAUGGUGGAGACACCCCUUGAUUGCACUGUGCUGGUGGCCACAGGUGUCAAGCGUACCUGCAAGUUACUUUCUGCUAUUGGCAUGGGGCGCCCAAUUGUAAAUCCUAACUGGUUGACCAUGUCCAAGGCUGCUGGCAACUUUGUUGAUCCAUGGCAGUUCCUCCUUAAAGAUCGUGAAGCUGAAGAAAAGUAUGGGUUUUGUUUAGAGGAUACCAUUAAAUCUGCAUCCAACUUCUUGCUGUUUGAGGGUUUGUCUAUCUAUGCCACACCAUCAGUGCAGCCACCACCAUGCCAAAUGAGAGACAUUGUAGAAUGUGCAGGAGGAGAUUACCUUCCUGCUCCACCAAGAAAGUAUGCUCCACAGAUCCGGAUAAUAUCCUGUCUAGAAGACAAGCAUCUGUGGCCCUCAUUCAAAUCCUUGGGAAUACCAAUCCUUGGAGUUGAAUUCAUCUUGACUGGUCUAUUAAGGCACGAAUUACUUUUAGAGGAUUUUGUGCUUAAUUAAGCCUCAGCUUCUGCUGAUGGUGCUACUAUUUUCUUGUAGUGUCCCCACCUUCAAGAUAAGACUAACUAUUUUACUAUGAGUAAGUAAUACAUUUUAUCAUUCUUUGUAAGUAUAAAGGAUCCUCAUUGUCAUUUUUUCCUUUAUGAUAACUUCAUCAAUUGUCUUGUGUUCUUCAUGAUGAAUUUAUGGAAUAUUGUCAUUUGUAUUUAAUAGACCUAAGCUAUUAAUAAACAUUAUGAUUGCACAUUA